AUUGACUAUAAUCGGUUUCAUCCCUAAUAGUUUCAGGUCCAUAUGCCACUUUGUGGUAUAUGUCUUGUUAAAAGUUUAUUCUCUUAAAAAAUGAUUGAAAUAAACAAAACUGCAAUUGGAAUUGCAGCAGGACUAGCAGGGACACUGUUCAUAGGAUAUUGCAUUUAUUUUGACAAAAAGCGUCGUGGCGAGCCCGACUACAAGAAAAAAGUUCGCGAGCGGCGUCGACGCAAUCGUAAGACCGGAUCAUCCAAACAAGGAAUGCCAAAUUUGAAUGACCAUGAAGCCAUAGAAAGAUAUUUCCUUCAAGAAAUUCAGCUUGGCGAGACCUUAAUAGCCCGUGGAGAUUUUGAAACUGGCGUCGAGCAUUUAGCAAAUGCCAUCGUUGUAUGUGGUCAGCCCGCUCGCCUACUACAAGUACUUCAAUCAUCAUUACCGGCCCAAGUUUUUGCAAUGUUAAUAAUCAAAAUGCAGGAGUUUGGAAAUCGGGCUGCGGAAUCUAGUGAUGGUCUGGUCGGUCCUGGCUCACGCUCGAGUCAAAUUGAGAACACGUCGAACAUUUUAGAAAAUUCAGGACAUGCAGUUAUUGAUGACUUGGAAUAAUAGUUUAAAAAUAAUUAAAGAGCCUGGCAUAUAAAUUUCAACAAAUAGCAGAUAAGGGCUUCUUCAUAUAAUUUAAUAAACUGCAUUACAAAUGUAUUGUACAAUUACUGAUUUCGUUACCAA